CGUGGACGAGCAGGAAACGCCGCUGCCCCGCUCCUGGAGCCCGAAGGACAAAUUCAGCUACAUCGGCCUCUCGCAGAACAACCUGCGGGUGCACUACAAAGGUCAUGGCAAAACUCCAAAGGAUGCUGCUUCAGUUCGAGCCACGCAUCCUAUACCUGCAGCCUGUGGAAUAUACUAUUUUGAAGUUAAAAUUGUCAGUAAAGGAAGAGAUGGUUACAUGGGAAUUGGGCUUUCUGCUCAAGGUGUAAAUAUGAACAGAUUACCAGGUUGGGAUAAGCAUUCGUAUGGUUACCACGGAGAUGAUGGACAUUCAUUUUGUUCGUCUGGAACUGGACAACCCUAUGGCCCAACAUUUACAACUGGUGAUGUCAUUGGUUGUUGUGUAAACCUGAUCAACAAUACCUGCUUCUACACAAAGAAUGGACAUAGUUUGGGUAUUGCUUUCACGGAUCUACCGCCAAACUUGUACCCUACAGUAGGGCUUCAAACACCAGGAGAAGUUGUAGAUGCUAACUUUGGGCAGCAUCCAUUUGUGUUUGAUAUUGAAGACUAUAUGCGAGAAUGGAGAACCAAAAUUCAGGCUCAGAUCGACAGAUUUCCUAUAGGAGAUCGAGAAGGAGAAUGGCAGACAAUGAUUCAAAAAAUGGUUUCAUCUUAUUUAGUUCAUCAUGGGUACUGCGCAACAGCAGAGGCUUUUGCCAGAUCUACAGACCAGACUGUACUAGAAGAAUUAGCCUCCAUUAAAAAUAGACAAAGAAUUCAAAGAUUGGUUUUAGCAGGAAGAAUGGGAGAAGCCAUUGAAACAACACAACAGUUGUAUCCAAGUUUACUAGAAAGAAAUCCUAAUCUCUUAUUUUCAUUAAAGGUGCGCCAAUUUAUAGAGAUGGUGAAUGGUACAGACAGUGAAGUGCGGUGUCUGGGAGGCCACAGUCCAAAAUCACAAGAUAGUUAUCCUGUAAGCCCUCGAUCAUUUAGUAGUCCUAGCAUGAGCCCCAGCCAUGGAAUGAAUAUUCACAGUUUAGCAACAAGCAAAGGAAGCAGCACACAUUUUUCUGGUUUUGAAAGUAGUUGCAGUAAUGGAGUAAUAUCAAACAAAGCACAUCAGUCUUACUGUCAUAUUAAACACCAGUCCACCAGUUUGAAUGUACCUGAACUCAACAAUAUAAAUGUAUCAAGAUCACAGCAGGUUAACAGCUACACCAGCAGUGAUGUAGACAUGGAAACAGAUCACUAUUCCAAUGGAGUUGCAGAGACUUCAUCAAAUGGCUUCCUAAAUGGUAGUUCUAAACAUGAUCACGAAAUGGAAGAAUGUGACACAGAAAUGGAGGUUGACUCAAAUCACUUAAGACGUCAGUUAUGUGGAGGUAGCCAGGCAGCCAUUGAAAGAAUGAUCCAUUUUGGAAGAGAAUUGCAGGCAAUGAGUGAACAGCUAAGGAGAGAAUGUGGCAAAAAUACAACAAAUAAGAAAAUGCUAAAGGAUGCAUUCAGUUUACUUGCAUAUUCGGAUCCAUGGAGCAGUCCAGUUGGAAACCAGCUUGACCCAAUACAGAGAGAACCUGUGUGCUCCGUUCUUAAUAGUGCAAUAUUAGAGACGCACAAUCUGCCAAAGCAGCCGCCACUUGCCCUAGCAAUGGGACAGGCUUCACAGUGUUUAGGAUUGAUGGCACGUUCGGGAAUUGGAUCAUGUGCAUUUGCCACUGUGGAAGACUAUCUACAUUAGCUAUGCAUUUGAAGAUUUCAAGUAUGUAUUGUGGCGUAUUAAACAUGGAGGUAGAUCAGCUCUGCUGACUGGAAUUUGGAUCUUUUAAUUAUGUACUAAGGACAGGUCUGUCGCUUUACGUUGCUUCCUAGUUUACAGCAUGAUGCAAAUUAUUUUCUAACUUAGUGUUAGGAGAAAUUUUCCAUCUUUAACCUCUUAGACAACUAAGAGUUAAAAGUAUCACUGAUGAUGUCAGACAUCCAAACUAAUGAUUACAAAUUAUUUAAAUGAUUGUUCAAAACAAACCAAAAAUCUUACCCCCUUAAGGCGGGGCAGACGAAUAGAAAAUGUUGUGGAUGUGUUAGCAUGUGGGUGAUGUAAACUUUCAAGCAGGAUGACUUGCCAACCUCCACCCUCAUUAUUACAUAGUUCAAUCAGUGUAACUUGCAAAAUGCAUAAACACCUGACAGUUUGGCUAUAUAGUGUUGAUGGGAAGAAAUAUUUUUAAUGUGUACUGUAAAACUUGAAAUACUCAGGAGCUGAGUGAAUAUGUUUGUUGCUACUUACAAUCCCUACCUGUUGAUCUUAGUAGUUUUUGUUUUAACAUGGUCUUUUCAACUUUCUUUGUUUAACUAUGGACAACUUCUGUUAUAGACUCACCAGUUUAACUGUUGUAUAAUAACAGUAUUACAUGUCACAGUGUGGUUACGACCUCUAUUUAUAUAAAUACCAAAUAUUAGUCAAUUUACAGUCUUAAUUUAAUCUUUGUACACCUUUCAUUUUUAAAAGUGCUUAAAUGAGUACUAUAUUGCAAUAAAAUGUAGUGAUAUCAUAAUUAACCAGCCAUUAAAACUUACUUAUACAGCUGUUAGUAACAUGGAUUUGUAUGCUACACAGAUUUUACUUUGACGACUUCUAGCUUUUGAAACUGAUGUGAAUUGAUCACUUCAACUAUGUACAGAGCAGAAGCAUCAAGAGGUUGUAGAAAGUUAAAAGUGCUUUCUCAUAAGCAAAAUACUGCUUGUUUCUUGUGUUAUUGUUUAGGAUAUAGUCUGGCUUGCUCAGGUCUGAGCUAAUGGACCAACAUUAGAGCUGAACACACCAAUGGUGCUGAGAGGGUGCCACUAAGGAAAUGUUUUCAACCUAUUUGCCCUAAAAUACAAGAUUUAAUUUAAUCACACCCAAAGAGCAUUGACACUAGAUUUCAGAAGAGGGAAUGUAAAAAGAUGGUACGACUCUGGAUUUUAAUUUCUGCACUUACAUUAGUUAGUAGGAAAACUUAGUUAUAGAAGGCACGCAUCCAGAAACAAAGUGGGGUUAAAUGACAAGGUGCAGCUUACGCUAGCUAACAGAAAAACUACUGCAAGUAAGAGUACUAAAAGGAAAUUUGAAGUGAAUACUCAACUUGAAAGACGCUUCACAUGAAGGCCCUCUGCCAUUAAAGACCAGUGCAAUUUUUUUUUUUCAUGUCAGGAGCUACUGAGGAAUCUGUUACCUGAAAAGAGUCAGGACAACCCAUUUCUAGUUGCAGGACAAUUUGUUAAACAAAUUCUGGAGCGAACUGCUGGGGUUGCAAACCAUGUAGUCUUAACGUAUCCUAAGAAUCCAUUACUGUAAUGUCUGUUGAGCAACAUUAUGCAUGUAGUUUACUGAAAUUAUGUUGAGACUUGGUUUAAACAGCUUGAUACAGUCCUGUAAGAAUAAAGUGAUAAUAUUGUUAACGAUUAACAGAUAAACAUGGUUCAAGUGCUAGGGUGCAGUUUUCUGUUCACGCUGGUGAUGACACACUUGUGAAAAGUUAGAGUAGAAAAUUUGAGGGCUGAGAAUCUAGCCCUUUACGUCUCUCAAGCUUUGAUACAGAGAGCACUACUAUAUAAAAACAUAACUGAGUCUCUGAAGUUGCUGUGUAACUUCAUCUAAUGGCUGUUUUCAUCUUUUGAGGUAUGGCUUCACUGCUUGAUUCUUGUGCAGGCAUCUUGCUUCAAAUUCCUUAUGAACUGGAGCUGUGAAAAGCCUACUCUAAAAGCAAUCACUACAGAAUUAAGUCUCUCAAUUGACCUCCUUGAAUAUCAUUGGUAGGGAUGAAAAACCCUGUUCAAUUAGAUAACUAGUUAUCUGAUUACAUGGGGCAGUUGGAGGCUGCCACGUUGUGAGUUAGGUAUCAGACCUUUUCCACCUUGACUGAACAAAAUGAAGGAGGCAGGGGAUAAGAGUAUACAUUCACUUGAACGUAAAUGAAAUUUACACAGACUGUCUUUGGAGGGAAAUCUGUGAGAGGUUAUGAAAAGAAGUAAUUGUUGCCUGGUAGUCUGCUUUUUGUAUGAUCAAUCAAAAGGUUAUGGGGUGGGUAUGUGCUGUAAGGACAAAU